UCUACUGAUGUCGCAACAAUUCAAUCUAACCUACGAAAAAAAUUAACAGCGUCUUGUUCGAAGUAACUGUCAGUUCAUAAUACGUCAACGUAAAGUGAUUCUAUUAAAAUUAUUUUGUAUAUUCUCGACUUUUAUUAGUUCAUUAACUGAUAAGCAAAUUCAUAUCUACAACACAUGGCUAAUAGAUCCUUGCUAGAUGAUAAAUCAUAAAAAUUUGAAUAUAUCGAAACUAAGAAUAAGAAUAGUAUCUUACUCGAAGAAUUGGAACGGUAUUCGCCACGGCUUUCACAGAGAUGGUUGGAUUGGCGGGCGGGGGAGGUCAUCUGUAUCCCUCGCCCCCAAUGCAACCUAAUCCAGAAUUAAGAGAAAUGACAGGAAUCGCUCCUAGUGCUCCAACUAGUGCAGAUGCUUGUUUAAGCAUAGUACAUUCUCUCAUGUGUCAUCGUCAGGGUGGAGAAAGUGAAGGAUUUAGUAAAAGAGCUAUUGAAUCUUUGGUUAAAAAGCUUAAAGAAAAACGAGAUGAAUUAGAUAGCUUAAUAACUGCUAUUACUACAAAUGGAGCUCAUCCUAGUAAAUGUGUUACAAUACAGAGAACUUUGGAUGGAAGGCUACAAGUUGCUGGUCGUAAAGGUUUCCCACAUGUUAUUUAUGCACGAAUCUGGAGAUGGCCAGAUUUACACAAAAAUGAAUUAAAACAUGUCAAAUACUGCCAAUUUGCUUUUGAUUUAAAAUGUGAUUCUGUAUGUGUAAAUCCAUAUCACUAUGAGCGAGUUGUAUCUCCUGGCAUAGACCCGUUCUUUACAGACCUAUCUGGGCUGACUCUGCAGUCGGGAGUAGGCGUAGGACCAGGUGGUAGAUUGGUCAAAGAUGAAUAUUCAGUUGGUGGUGGGAGCAGUGCAACAGCUGGAGCAGUAGGAUCUGCAAUGGAUGUUGAUGGAGAAAUGAACCAAACUAUUCAGCAUCAUCCACCUACUCAACCCACUUCAUCUAAUAACACUCAAGCAUCUCAACAAACUUUUAUACCAGGUCUAGCACCACCUAAUUCAACUAGUGGUGAGGGUGUGUUUGGCAGUAAUGGGGGAGGGAAUAAUGGUGGUAAUCCACAUAAUAAAUUGGAUGACAAUAAUUGCCCCAGACAAACCUGGAUUCCUACACCUCAUCAUCCUACAACACGUAACAUUCAUCAUCCAGUAGUACAUCCAAUGAGUCACACCGUAGGUAGCCAACAGCAGUCAUUGAAUACAUCUAGUGGAAACAGUGGAACACAGAUGCUGAGUCCUUCACAGGGACAAUCUACUGAAACAUUUUAUGGAACAAAUACACCUCCUCAAGAUCUUAAUCAACCACCUACUGUUGAUGCAUUAGCAGCAUCUUUAGGCGAAGGUCAAAAUUCUCCUGUAUCACCUGUACAUCUUCAUCAUUCAAAUGGAUUUCCAGUAGGUACUGCUGCUUAUAAUUCAGGAGCACCACAAUGGACUGGACCCAAUACUUUAACAUAUACACAAAGCAUGCAACCUCCAGAUCAUAGACAUCUUCAUCCUACUUCCUAUUGGGGUGGUCAUGGAGGUGAAGUAAGUGGAAACAUCGGUGGUUUAUUAUCUACACAACCAGCACCAGAAUAUUGGUGUUCAGUUGGCUACUUUGAAUUAGAUACUCAAGUAGGCGAGACAUUUAAAGUAAGCAGUGGUUGUCCUACUGUAACAGUCGAUGGUUACGUGGAUCCAAGUGGUGGCAAUAGAUUUUGCUUAGGAGCUUUGAGUAAUGUACACAGAACAGAACAAAGUGAAAAAGCUCGUCUUCACAUAGGAAAAGGAGUUGUGUUAGAUUUAAGAGGUGAAGGAGACGUUUGGUUAAGAUGCCAAAGUGAACAUAGUGUCUUUGUACAGUCUUAUUAUUUAGACAGAGAAGCAGGUCGUGCACCCGGGGAUGCUGUGCAUAAAAUUUAUCCCUCUGCGUAUAUUAAAGUCUUUGAUUUACGACAGUGUCAUAAACAAAUGAGAGGUCAAGCUGCUACUGCUCAAGCUGCAGCUGCCGCCCAAGCUGCAGCUGUAGCAGGACAUCUAACACAUGGAGCACCAAUUACUAAAAGUCUUAGUGCAGCAGCAGGAAUAGGUGUAGAUGAUCUUCGACGACUUUGCAUUUUGCGUCUAAGUUUUGUAAAGGGUUGGGGUCCUGAUUAUCCUCGACAAAGUAUAAAAGAAACUCCAUGCUGGAUAGAGGUACAUUUACAUCGAGCUCUUCAAUUGUUGGAUGAAGUUUUACAUACUAUGCCAAUAGAUGGUCCACGGGGAAUUGAAUAAUUUUAUUUAAUUUUGGAUAAUACAUAAAUAUAUAUGUCAAGAAAUGUAU